AAUGUCCGCUGCAUCAGCUGCUCUAUGCGUCAAGGUCACUUCCAGUUGGCCAAUCAGAUCUCGGAUCCUUUCAUACCUUUGUUAUUAAACCCGGUUCACAACCAUCCUUGGUCUGCUCGGCACAAUGAUGGUAACAAGCUCAAGAAACACUGUGGGGAUCUUUGGAGCGCCAACCAAUAAUGUACCUAAGGCAGUGCUUCCAUCUGUAAAGUCCCCCAGAAAAGGUCGCCGUCUGAAAAAACGUCUGGAAGUUUCCGAGACAAAUUCGGAGUCACAUCAAGAAAUCACUUCUUCUAGUCAUUAUAGAACUUUCGAAAAUGACCUUAUUCCUGGCCGAAGUCUUUCACCACAAACCUCCAGUCUUUGCACACCAACUCACUUUUCAGGCAUUCGCUGCCAAGCAUUUUACUACGCUAUUCAGGAAAAAUUAUUCUCUUCUUUGUCUCAAGAAAAAUUACUUUACAUUGGUAAUGAGCAUUUGCUAGCUGUGAACUCAGAUUUGGAUGAUAAAGUUGACGCAGCAUUGAGAGCAGAAACUUUGUUCAAAUUGUGGUCCUUACAUAGCGCCUAUUAUUCGCUUUCCUCCAUCAUAUUCUGCAAGGCAGUGUGUUUAAUGGAUUUACUGGUUGCUAGAGUCAAAGUUAAACCAAAGUACGCAAUGUGCGUGGCCGCUGCAUGCUACUACAUCACUUCCAAGUUCGAGAGAUCAUCCGUAAGUAUAUUUUUAAGAAUUCAACGAAUAUGUAUACAAGCUUUUAAAUGCCUGAUGUUACAGUAUACGAGGGAGCUUUUAUUACGAAUUUAAUUAUUACUUGAGUUAUUAAACUCGUUAUUUUUAAGUAUUUUACUCAAAGCAUGUUUUCCUGAAAACCAUAUACCACAAUCGAGUUAACUGGUAUACUUCGUUUGUAAAAUCUUUACUUUUUCUGUUCGGUUUCAUCUCAUAAUCCGCGCAACUAACCUUCCGUUUCCAUCAAGUGGACCUGGUGCGAUCUCUUCAUGAUAGCUCAGUAAAAUAUACAAAGGGAUCUAAGAUUAUUGUUUUUUGUUAAUAAAUUCUAGCCGAGUUAGACGUGCGAUUAUUGCUAUCUGUUUUGCUUCUGCAUGCUGGCGUUACACUUACCCAUAAUUGACCUAUGGUAGGUCUCAUACUUUUGUCAUAUGCUGCCAACUACAUCUGUAAAACUUGAAAAGUAAACCUUGGAAUUAUUUUUUGUUGUUACUGCCUUAAGUUUUUACCAGUAUUAAGCAGUUAAAGGUCAAAGAUCUAAAUAACUUGGUCUUACUUAUUUAUUUAUUGAUUUACUAUGCUAACGAUGAAAGGUGACCAAUGUUAAGUGUGGUGACGAUUCUUACGUUUCAUUUUGUUGCUCGCUUACAUGUUAAUUUUUCAUUUAGUUCCCGAAGUUACGAUAUCACAUAUAUUAGAAUAUUUAUUUUGAGCUUCAUUUUUGCAUCCACUUGACUUAUCCUAGCUGCAGUUUCAUCUGACUGUAGUUUAUUGCAUAAAUUACAAAAGUUUGCUGGUUUUUUCUUUACUGCCUUAACCUGAUUGUACCAGUGUCGUACUAUUUUGUAGGAACACGUUUCACCCACACCUGAAAGCCUUGUAACGCUAUCACGAUGUGGCGGCACAGCUGCUGAUCUGACGCGAAUGGUGGAAAUUAUCCUUACAAAGUUGGGGCCUUCCAGCGUUGCUGCUAUCGGUGCAUGCUCGGCUACAGCCAUUGAUUUUCUGUCCAUUUUCUCCUCGUUCGGCAUCCCGUUUGCGUCCUAUCAGAAUGAAUCUAGAAAUCAAAACUCUUGGUUGCCUGUCCCUAUUUCUAUUUGUCGUCAGAUCGAAAUAGCUCUAGUCUCCUCAGAGGUAUCGUGCUUUCGUCCUUCGUGCCUAGCACUGGCCUUGCUCAAUCAUCUUUGUUUUAAUUCAGCUGUGGGGUCACUGGGUUCAGCUGACGAUUGGUUGCAGUUCCAUACGUCUGACCUCUAUAAUUUGUCACUUAUAUGUAACAUUUCUUGGACUGAUGUUGUUGCAUGUUCUUCCACAUUGAAGGAAGCACUUACCAAAACAUCGGGAUCCUACACAGUUCAGGAUUACCCUUCAUCCCGUCUAUUAGGCAGCUCCCCACCACUUGUGUGGACGUUAUCAAGGCGCACACAACGCAGCAUUUCUACAUCUUCUCCUCCAGCUCUUUCAACUAUCACAGAGGUAGAUGAGGAGCGGGUUCUUUUAAAUGAUAUUUUUUCGAACAUGGAUUUGGGUUUAUAGUAAGUCCAUUCAUAAUUUUUUCUUCUACGGAAAUUAACUGAACUAACCUUUCUGGUUGUAGACUAACUUAUUUAAAGAAUCCAUUCUCCUUAAAAGCUUCGCUUCAUUGUUUUUCGUUUGCCCACUAUAUGCUGGAAAUGAUUCCUUUACACAGAACUUCAUAAAUUUCAAGAGUCUGAUCACUAUAUAGAAACUAAGUCCCACAACUCUAAUGGCUUAUAAUAUCCCUCCAUACCUAGUCAAAUAAUGUAUUGUUUAGUUAUAAAGUGGGUAUUUUGUGGUGAUGAAGGAUGUUUUACGAACAAUUUUAAUACAUCUCAUUUGUUGCUUUUAUUUUAUUUCAACACAUAAAUAGUGGUACAAGAGGGCACCAAAUGUAUAUGCGCCACACCAUAUUGUUGCUAAUUAUUCAGUAGGUUAAAAAGUAUACAAUUUAAGAGCAAACCGAUCAAUUAACGCUACAAUAUCCCGAGAUUCUUAAUUGAAAUACUGUUCAGGGAUGUAACUAAAUAUGCUAAUUUUCAAACCAUAUAUUUUGCUCAAUGACUACGGUCUCACUAGAUCGUUUGAAUAAAAUCUCUAGCAUCUCGGGGUUCUCGUAAUUCCAAGCAAAACAGUUAAUUAUAUGAAUGUGUAGAUCACAAAAACACUUCUGUUUGAAGGUUUUGCUAGUUUAAAAACUCAAUACAUCAUACAACCGUCGUUUCUUAAUCCUUUCUACUAUUUAGUAAAGCGCUUAAAAUCUAAACUAGGUCUCUUGCAAAUCCAUAAAAAAUUCGUUCGUCAUGUGCAUACGUUUUGGAACUCCCUGGUUCCAAAAUUAAAUUUAAUGCGUAAGUUAACGAUCUCUAAACAGUCGUAUCACCUUCAGUUUUUUCUUUGCCUAUUACAACUUACCAUUACAAUACAACUCUUUCAGAUGUUAUCAGUUAUGUAAAGUAGUUUAUUCAGGUAAAGUUUCUUAUGAUGUUGUUUGAUACCAAUUAUUUGGUUUAUUGACAAUAAGAUACUUUGACAUUUUCAUGUUGUUGUUGUUUUUCUCAAUAUUGCUGUCCAUCCAUUAAAUAAUGUCUGCUAUCGUAUUUAUCCGACCUGUUCUUUCGUGUUUGACGGAAAUAUUAUCUCGUCUUUUUUUGUAAAAUACAUCUCACCAACUUUAUAUGAGCUAUUGAAUUAUUGAAAACUAAUUAGAUCUAUCAUACCAUUGUUUAAAUAAGAUAAUGUUACCAAGCAUCCAGUUCUAAGUGGUCAGCGCUUGUGACAAAUCUAAAGCAGCAAGUCCCAAUAACAAACAAAUACAAAUGUUCACAAGUUUAAAAUCUAUAAAUUACUUUCCAGUUAGUCAGUGGAUGAUGUAAAUCAGUUUGUAGUCUUGAUAUAAUAAAUUGUCUUAAUUUGUCAUUCAAUGAUAAUCAGACAGCUAGGUGUAAAUUGUCAUCUAGCAUUUGACAUUAGUGUUUCUAAGACCCAAGAGAUAUUGGAAAAAGUACAGUUUUAUACUUAAGAUGAUAUAUCUCGAAGACUAUUUUAAUGACAGAUUCUUCUAGUUCAUAUACCCUACACUAUAAAGCAAAAGUUGAUUACACUUGAAUCUGUCUAUGAAAUAAGUGAUGUGCAUUUUUCCCCUGUUAAAUCCAAAUAAAACUAAUCUAUCCAUUUGGACAGAUAAAUUACAUUUUUUGUGUCUGAAUAAUUCAUUUUGCUUGGUAUUAAUUGUUUCAUUCUAAUUUGCUUUUUAACAUUUCCUUUCAGAAACUUUGACGAGGCAUAUUCAAAUUUUAAUGUUGUAUCAUCAUUUUAUUCAAAUAUCCUCCCAUCCUAUUAUUUUUCAGCUUUUAUAAUCCUAAUAUAAAUUUUGAUCAUUAAACCAAUCUGUGAUUGGGAAAUCCAAGGGAAAAAAAUCUUUUUAAACUUACUGUGAGAAAAAAAAGAAAAGAUAGAAAUUUCCAUUCCUGUUGUUAUUUGUUAUUGUUGUUUCUCUGAACUACUAUUACCCUCUCCUCAAAUUUUAAUCAGCUGUGUACAAAUUUCAAAACUAUUUGUUUUUUAGAGAAAAAAAAACAAUCAGUUUACUUUAUUAGUUGUUAUCAGUAGCAAAACUAUAGCUCAAUGUAUACCAGUACUACUAUCAGCAUAUCUUCAAUUUACUUAAUUGUUAUUGUUUUUUUAUUAUUUCUGUUCACAUUGUCAAAUUACAUAAAAUCAAACAACUGUACCUGACUAGGGCUUUUUUCCUAAUAUUUCUUUACAUAUAUAUAUAUAUAUAUCAACAGCGAAAAUCAUUGAAAAUUUUCCACAAUAAUUUCAGUUCUUCCUUUUUUGUAUCGAAAAUAAAUUGUGAUCAAUAAUAUAUUACUACUACUACCAUUUAUCCUACUCUCUCCGCCUAAUUGACCUUCUUUUUUUUCUUUACAACUUUUAUACUGAACUUCUAACUUAGGAAACAAGUGAAAUAACAAGACAGAUUAUGUAUGUAUCGGUCUUAUCUUAGUUCCUCUUUCUAGUCCGUUUAUGCAUUCAUUUUAUCAACAACAACAAAAAAUUUUAUGAGAAAAAAAGUGCAAUAAAAAUAUUUUUCGAAUUGAUUUUUUUUCUCUAGUUUUUGUUUUGUAAUAGUUUCAAUGGGUUUUCAAUUAUUGAUCUAUUUAAUUAGUUAACCUAUAGUUUUUCAUCGUAUUAGGUUGAUUUUCAAUCCGUUAUAAAGUUUAAAAUAUAGAUGUAAUUCAUUAAGAUUAGUAUAUUAUCUUCCAAACUAAGUAAAUAGAUAUAUAAUACUAAACCAUGAAUUAUUAUGUUCAUUUACAAAAGAAGCAAUUUGUAAAAUAAAUCAUGUAUGUAUUAUACAAAAAAUGAAUAAUUAAAUACAAAGAAUACUUGUGUCUAAUAGUUCUUAUGUAAUUUUAUUUAGAUAUUUAUGCCGUUGGAUUUUCAUGUUAAAAGAAAUGGUGCAAAAACUAGGUUGUUUCCAGUCUAUUAUUUGUGGGUCGAUCCUAUACAAAAGUCACGUAGGUAGAUGAUGUAUGCUCGUUAUAGAAAGCUGUUUUAGCAAGUAAACAUGACUUGAAAUGUCGUAUUUCAUGCUUUCAGUGAGUUUGUCAAGUUCCAGGUGAACAAAGUAGGAAUAGUAUUACGUGUACUAAUGUUAUCGAUGUGUAAUCAGCAUCUAGAACUUUAUCAAGUAAAUACUUACGCCCUUGUGUAUGUUGAGGCCUACUGAUGCAGA